CGCGCACGCUAGCGCUCUGUACGCACUCGAUUUAGUUUAGCCUAGAGGUGCAGCACCAACACUAUGCUGCGUUUGUCAAUUUUUUGCAUGGUACUGGCCCUUGCUGCCGCUCAAAAUGGGUACGACUACAACAGACCCAACAGGCCGUUUGGUCAGGGAACGUCGAGCCGACCUGGGACAUCGCCUGGAUCCGGAGGAACCACGACAACAUCAUACCCUAUAAGACCACAAAGCGAUGACUUCAGUGGCCCCAGUGGACCAACUACUGGCUACCCUUCCGGACCUCAAAAUUAUCCAGGAUCAGGAGGCCAAAGACCAGGCUACCCUGGUCAAGGACCUAGUGGACCAUCAGGCAGCUACCCCGGCCAAUCAGACUCAUCCUACCCUCAAGGACAACGUGGCCCAUCUGGAUUCCCCGGUCAAGGAUCUAGAUAUCCUGGACAAGGCCAAAAUUAUCCUGGCUCUGGAUCUGGGAACAAUUAUGAUACCACUAGUUUCUCUGAUAGCGAUAAUGGUAAUUACGAGGGUGGGGACUAUUCGGCUAUUCCUGGUGAACCUGAUAUAGACUAUCCCAUUUUAUCCUACAUCCCUCAAACCUCAUUCAGUUGCAAAGCUCAAUCUCUUCCUGGAUACUACGCUGAUGUUGACGCCCGUUGUCAAGUUUUCCAAGUUUGCUCCAACAACAUAACGUAUGAUUUCCUCUGUCCUAAUGGAACCAUCUUCUCUCAAGAAGAUUUCGUUUGCGUUUGGUGGAAUCAGUUUACCUGUGAGUCUGCUCCUGGCCUUUACGAAUUGAAUGCUAAGCUCUAUGACUAUUCAAUCAAAGGAUCUUCCGACGACUAUUCUAGCUUCAACGACUACUCUGGAUCUUCUUAUCCAGGUGGUAGAGGGCCACAAGGGCCAUCGUCUUACCCAGGUUCUGGAUCUUCACGGCCAUCUAACUAUCCAGGUAGUUAUGGACCAUCAACACCUUACCCUGGUAUACAAUCGACCAGUUCAUACCCUGGUUCCCAAGGCCCAUCAGGUGGAUAACCAGGGCCCCAAGGUCCAACUGGAAAUUACCCAGGAUCGCAAGGACCAUCGGGUAGUUAUCCCGGCUCACAAGGGCCAUCAGGUGGCUAUCCUAGUUCACAAGGACCAUCAGGUAGUUACCCAGGUUCCCAAGGUCCUUCUGGAAACUAUCCAGGGUACCCUGGAUCCGGUUCUGGUCCACAAGGACCUUCAAGCGGGCCAAGUGGGUCUGGGUAUCCAGGAUCAGGUUCCACUACACCCUAUCCUGGAUCAGGAUCAGGUAGUCAGGGAUAUCCGUCAGGUAGACCUAGUGGGCCAAGUUUUAAUGGAGGUGGUAGUAGGGGAAGGCCUGCACAGAAACCUAACAGAGAAUAUCUCCCGCCUAGAAAUUAAUUAAGACCAAUAAAAGACUAGAAACAAGUUUAUAAGCGUACCUGAAUGUAAUCCAUAAACUACCAUUAUUUUCAAUCAAAUUCACAAUGUAGGAGAGAGACCUGUAAAUUGGAAUAUUUCCUUAAAAAUGGGUGUCAGUAUUAAGUACAAAUUUUGACAAACGAAAGUUGGUGCUGACUUUUUUAUUAAAAUAUAAGUAAUUAAAUAUUCUUAUGCGUUAUUAAGGACUAUUUAUUAGAGUUAGGUUAUUCGUAAGUUUGGUGGCUAUAUGUCAUCGAAUUCGCUUUAGUAUUAUUAAGUUAAGAUUGGUACAAAAUUGUGAUGUUGAAACCGAAAGUUACCAAAACUAGAACAUUUUCUAUUGUAUACCUAAUUAAAACAUGUUAAGCUUUAUCUAUAACACUUUGAUUGUAAAUACACAAUAUAUCUACUAAUAAUUAUGUCAUAAUUUCUGUAAUCGAAUAAAUGAUUCAGCAACGAUCAUUUCAUGUUUUCUUUAGCACUGAGCGCCUUCAAAUUAGCGUUUGUCCAGCGUAGACUGUAGACAUCACAACGCAAGACAACUGCACCUCGUAGUCGCGGCGUCUGCGCGGCGCAUACGUUUAUCGAACGCCAACACCGAACAAACGGCAGAGUGAAGACGCUUUUAGUUACAUAAUUAAAUACAAGACAAAAUUUUAGAAAUUAUUUAUUGUAAAAAUUGUCCUUAGGUAUAAUAACUAGGUACUUAUGUAUCUAAAUACCGUACCUUGGCAACAUAAGCAGCAUUACAUACCUACAGACAGACAAAAUAAUACUUAUUCUGUUAUACAACUUAAAUUAUCAUCUUCUUAAACAAUACCUCCGAAUAACUAAAAAUAACGGUUCACACACGUAAAUAUACUGAGAAAAGCUCUACUAGUAUCGAGUCACAGAGGGACU